UUUCUACCAUUUCUUCUACCAGAUCUGAUUUUUUUUUUWAAAUCAUAACCACAUGCAAACACAACGAAAUUUAAGGAUGAAUGCACGGGUAGCCUGUGGUAUUUAGUUCCCAGACCCUUGCAUUAGAAAAACAUGAUGGCGGACGUUUAGAUAUUAUUAUUUGUGAUUUUUCGAGUUUCUAUUUGAAUAUUUCAUGGAGGAAAUGCACUUUCAUGGAGCCUAAAGUUUUCCAUGCAGGCCUUUUUUGUAUUUUCUAGCAACUAGACAAUGAAUUUUCCGGUAUCUGUUACCCGUUUUGUUCAAGUUCAACAACAAAGUAUUCACAAAACAACAAGAACUUCUAAUAUCUUAAAAUUAUUUUUAUCCAACGAUUAUACACGAAUUUUGAUAAAUGAAUUUACUCACGGCAAAAGAGCUUUUAAGAAGCUAAAUUUAUUUCAAGCGUUUUCUACAUUUCCACUUUCAACAAAAGUUCAUAAAUUGUUACAAAGACCUCGUUCCCUGUGUUACAGUCAGUCUAGAUGUUCUAGCCAAGGAGUAAAGAAACUAAAUAGAAAGAAAGAAAAGACGUUUUACGAUAUAUUAGAGGUACAUCCGUCAGCAACUCAAUCAGAAAUCAAGUCUGCUUACUAUGAACAGUCAAUGAAAUACCACCCAGAUGUCAGAAGGAGUGAUGGAAUAAGARAUAACUUUACAGAUAUCACCAAAGCAUAUUCAGUCUUGAGUAAACUAGAAACAAGAAGAGAAUAUGACAAAGAAAUUGGUACAUAUUACAUGAUGAGAAGUUAUCAAAAGAGAAAGAGUGGAGAGAAAGUGUUAAGACUGAUGGAUGAUGUGGUUGAAAUUGAUGUAAAAAACAUUGAACAGUCUACAACCUUUCUAUGUAAUGUGGUAUCACUGAGCUCAAUACUGGGAGCACCUGUAAGAUUAAGCAACAUUGAAUGCAAUARGARUCCUCAUGGUAUACAGUCUYGCGACCUUCGCAUGCUGCAGCUGCWAAGACAGGUCUGUAAUGGUACUCUUGUUGCAAACAAAGGGUCUACGACUGUARCAUUUAUCCCAAGUGAUCUUCAAAGUGGCAUGUUUUCAUCAGAGACAGGACGUUUUGGGAGUAUUAGUUUGUUAUUGGAAUCAGCCCUACCAUGUCUGGCAUUUGGACCACACCCACAGUACUCAAAAACCAAUAUCUUAAGUAUUAAAGGAACCACACACUCUAACUAUGGACUACAUGUUGAUUAUAUGGACAAGGUUUAUAGACCUUUGGUAAAGAAGUUUGGAUGUGACUUUACAGUGGAAAUAAGAAAAAAGUCAUACGUACCUCAUUGGGAUGGUAAAGUCAUCUUGCGCAGUCUUCCCUCUCCCCAGCUGAGAUCAGUUUCUUUAACUAAUUGCGGAACCCUAACCAAGAUUUCAGGAUGGUCUUUUGUUGCAGGGUCAAAACCAAUCAGGGUAGCCCAACUCAUGUCUAAGAAUCUAUUUUCACAACUUAAGAARAGAUUUCCAUCUUCUUUGAUUAAUAUGGAUGCUACAAGAGAUCGUGACAGUAGAAGUGAAGGGAAUGGACAGGGAGUUUUGAUUUUAGGGGAGACCUCCACAGGACUUGUAUUAAGUGGAACAGYGUUGUGGCAAAAAGGGAUGCGAAGUGAAGAAGUAGUGGACAGAGCAUUAAAUAUGUUUCUUAGUAACAUAGAAAGUGGCUCUUGUGUUGAUGAACAACUCCAGGAUAAGGUAGUUCUAUUGAUGGCGGUUGCUUCAGGUCGGUCUUUUCUUCGAUGUAGUUCAGUUACAGCAAGAACAAGAGCCGCUAUAAUGGCUAUAGAAACACUCUCUCAGGUUCGGUUCACAAUUACAAAGGAUACUGAUUCGCGGACGACUCUCAUAUCAUGUGAUGGYCUUGGAUUAAUAAAUGAAAACUGCAACGAACUGUGAACCUGGUCAAAUAUAAGUAAUUAUCAAAAACUGCAUUCCAAGUGACUACUGACAUCUCGUAAGGUCACUGAAAAGAUGGAAAUAUUUCGCAAAAAAAGACUGAUGAAUAAUAAAUUUAUGAUACAUGUUUGGUUAUCGUCAUAUCAAGCAACGCUGUUUGCAAGCAACGCCAAAGGAGAAAUAAAAAGCAAUGCCAAAAAAACGUUUUCUAAUAAAUAACAGAGCCUUUAUUUCAAUACAUGUCCGCCUUCUGUUAGUUCGUCUUGAUUUUGACAACUCUAUAUGAACUAAUAAAAAAUUCAUUUCCGUAAUCAA